AUGCGGCAAACGUGUGCCCGUCUAGAUGGCCACCCUUUACCCUUCAUCCUUAAUCCAAAUUCACAAUAAAAUAGAAAUUUCGAAACAAGAUUUUGGGCCAGGAUGAUUAUCGACUUUGUUGUGCGGGCAGGCGUCGUGUAUGCGCUGGUUGUGGCCACCAAACGUUUGGGCAUUUGGGGACCAGCGGAUGAAACGCAGGAGAUCUACAACAACACCACGGAGAAGAUUGAACCGUAUGCCGAGCAGGCACGUCGGAAGCUGAAAAUAUGUGCGCCACGGCCACCGCCCGACGGCAGCUGGAGGUUCUCCGGUGUACACUACUACAACCAGGUGGUGAUUGCCUUCUUCGAGGUGCUCAGCGCCGUGCCCACGUUCAUGCAGCAGUGGCUGGAGGCGGUGCCCGGUCUGAUUGGCUCCCUCAUCGAGCGCAUUCGCAAGUAUUACAGCGACUUUAUGGCCAAGCGAUCGAAGAACGAGGUAACCAUCUCCAAGAAACACAUCGAUGAGAGACCCCUGGUGCAGCCGAUUAAGCCCGCGCCCGAUUCGAAGUGCAAGUGUGGCCAGCGGACGAGCCCGGGCCUGGUGCCCAACGAUGGGACGCUAUCGUCGUUCUGCAAUGACAAGGCCUGUCCCAAGACCCAGGUUCCGUGCAAGGAGCGAUUCAAAGAUGACUUCAUCUACAAGCCGCGAAUGCCCAAGAAGCCGCGGUGCGAUUGCCCCGUCUGCAAGAAGCGGCAGGAGGCGGGCUGGGCAGACAAGAAGCGCAAGUGUCCGAGUGUUCCGCCGAACUCCGAAAGCCCCCCCGCCGCCAAUCAUCAUUCCGAUCCGAAGCCCAAGAAAAAGUGCAAAAUCUGUCCUGACCCCCCUGCUGCUGGUUCUGGUGAUCAUCCAAAAGAGUGCGACUGACGCAAGCGACUCUCAAAAUUCGGCAGCAUUGACUAAGAAAAUGUACAGCCCGUGAGCAAUAUAUUCCACUGGGCGAUUACAAACCUUUUAUCAGACUCACGACCGUGGGAUGCUUCUCCAGGCGCACUUCCUGUCCGUUCACCUGAAAGUGGAGACCAGAAACAUGAGCAACUCCCGUCCAAUAUUAGGUACAGACCACACACAACAGACCUUCAGUAUCAUAUCACCAGCGACGAGACCAGCAACCUGGGCUGCUCCGUCAGGCUUAACGCUCUCCACAAACACUGGAUUGUCGCCGGAAACCUGGAGGAUAGAACCACAACGAAUCAGAAUCCG